AUGCACGCGGCUGUCGGGCAGCGGCGUGCGGUGGCGGCACACCGGGCACGCGAUGGCGCCUGGCGGGCCGUGCCAGGGCGGCGGGCGCAGCGGGCGUUCAGGCGCGGUGGUAGCGGCGGCGGCGGCGGCGCGGAGCUGCAGUUGGGUCAAGCACUCCUGGCAGAAGGUGUGCAAACACGCCAGCAGCUUGGGCGCGCGCCGGUCUGCGUCGAAGUAGUUGUAGCAGAUCUUGCACUCGUAGUCCUCGAGCGGAGGGAGGCCGGAGAUCGCCACCGCUGCGCUCCGGGCUCCGGCCUCCCGACCGUCCCGGGCUCCCACCGCGGUGCUUCCUGCUCCUGUGGAGCUCCCAGGGCUGCUGGUGAGGCGCCUUCCUCCCCCUAUGCCGCUGUCUCGGCUCAGGGCGGGGAGGAGGCGCUUCUGCCUCCCCCCACUGGCUGCUGUCGCCUGACGGGGGAGGCACUGCUGGCUGGGCCGGGCGGGGGCGUAGCGGCAACCGCCUCCCCCCACUCUCCCAAGGAGGUGCGGGCACCGCGGUCCCUCCCAGUCCCUGGGAGCCUCUCUGCCGUCCCCCUUGGGCCUCUCAAGGAAGCUUCUCUGGCCGCUGUGGAUAUUGGUUUUUGUUGGACUUGGAAUUGGGAAUUGAGGGCGACUGGGGGACGCCGGGACAGAGGGCGAUGCAGGCUGGUCCUCACCCUAAGAAGAGAGAGCCUCCCCAACCCCAAGAAGGAAGGGAAAGAGGAUGGCUCUCUGGGUCCCUGUGAGAUGGGAAUGUUCCCACUUUCUCUCUGGAUUCUCUGCAAAAGACAGCAAGAUACCCCAGGGGAUAUUGGUGGAAAAGAUGAAUGCAUAGGAAUCAAGCUGAAGGAAGAGAAAGAAGGAAAGAAAAGAAACCAGUGAAGCACAGAUGUGCAGACCAGAGGAGGAAUUGUCCUAACUAUUGUUCCUAUGACAAUUGAAAAUAAAUGUAGUUUUUACUCUG